GAGAGAGAGAAAGAGACGCAGCAUUCGAAUUUGAGAGAGACAAACCCUAGGUCCAGGUCAUCAGAGAUCGAUCAAUGGCGUCGCCGGAGGAAUCAUCAUCGAGAUCCGCCGCCUCUCCGUCAGUAGACUCCUACAUCGGAAGCGUCAUCAGCCUUACCUCCAAGAGCGAGAUCCGAUACGAGGGCGUCCUCGUCAGCAUCAACACCAAAGACUCCACCAUCGCCCUCCAGAACGUGAAAUCGUUUGGUACUGAAGGGAGAAGGAAGGAGGGGCCUCAGAUUCCUUCGAGUGACAAAGUUUAUGAGUAUAUUCUCUUUCGAGGUAGCGAUAUUAAGGAUUUGCAGGUGAAGUCAUCAUCUUCAGUUCCUCCAAAGCAGCAGACACAUAAUGAUCCAGCUAUUAUUCAGUCACAGUAUGCUUAUGCACCUAGUAGUUCCUCUAUUGCUUCAGCUGGAGUUGGUGCUGUUGCUGGUCCAAGUUCUCAAUCAGUGCACCAAGAUUUAUCUAGGCAACCAUUUCCGGAUUCAUUUUCCUUGUAUCAGCCUGGUGCUCACAUGAGUUCUUGGGCAGCUUCACCAUCUAUUCCAAAUGCAGAGGGAUCUACACACUCCCAAGGAUAUGCUAGUACAUCAAAUGCCCAAGUUCGUGCCCACCAGCGACAUAUUCCUUUUCAACCCCAGUCUGUUAGUUUUCAAAAUCCAUCACAGUAUGCUGAAGGUUAUGCACCACCAAGCUUUUCAAAUUUUCAAGAGGGUGCUACCUCUUUUCCAUCUCAGUUUGCGAUUUCUAAUCCUUCUAAUCCAUUAUCGUUACCUUCUCAUUUACAAGCAAUGUCCUCUCUUCCUUUGUCUAAUCAAGAAAUGAACACUAUGAAUAUGAUUGCCAACAAAGCUAAUCCCUCACAAACUUCAGUUGUUCCUAUUUCAUCAAUGCCUUCUGCAUCUUCAGUUUUGGGGUCUGCUUCAGGUCCAACAGCAAUGCAGCCUCCUUUGUUAACACCUGACCAACUGACAAACUCUAUACCAGCAACAGCAGCAUCUCUUCAGAGAUUGUACCCUGAAUUUAAAGAUAUGGGGGGUUUGUUGCCAUCAUCAACAAACUCGCCGUCUCUUGUUUCUGGAAUACCACAAGAGCCAUUAUUGCCAUUGCCAACAUCUAACCAGCAGAGCGAGCAUGAGGUGCCAAAGUUUACUGAAGAAUUUGACUUCUUGGCCAUGAACGAGAAAUUCAACAAAGAUGAAGUCUGGGGUUCGCUUGGAAAAGAAAAACAUAUAGGGUCAGGUGGAGAUGGAGCAGAACAUGAUGCACUUCAUCACGAUGUUAUAUAUGGUGGUGGUUACGUACAAGAUCCCCCCAGGCCAGGAAGCAAACCUGUAUACAAUAAGGAUGAUUUCUUUGACACUCUCUCUUGUAAUUCCCUCAACCGAGGAGGAUGGAGUGGACGGUCUAGGUUUUCAGAGCGAAUGAAGCUUGACACAGAGACUUUUGGUGAAUUCGAGCACAGGCCUCCCAUGGGUCAAGGACCUCAUGGAAACUACGGUCCUCCCCAUGGAGGAUAUUAUAGAGGUUCGUAUAAUAGAGGGAGGGGUUAUGGAUACUAUGGGGGCAGAGGUCGUGGUGGGCCCUUUAGACCCUUUUAGUGAAGUAUUUUCCUUUACAGUUGCUUUGAGGUAUGCGCUUUAUGAAACUUCAUUAGUUUUUUUCUUUAUGCAAGGGAUUUAGCUGUUGACCAAUCCCACUCUCAUCUGUUAUCUUAUCCUCUUAACUGUUGUCCGUCAUAUGAGCUUCUCUGUGUAACGAGAAACUGUUUGAAGAAUGCCUGUCUUUUUCUUUCAAGGCUCCUCUUCUGACCUCUUGUGAAGAUACAUUCAAUGUUGACAGUUCUAUGAUCUUAAGGUUAGCUUGCUAGUGAAUCUGAAUACAAACAUGUGUACAUGACUGUAGAAUCUUUGUUUCAGAUGUAUCAUUAAUUGGCCUUAUGGAUGUAUGUUUACCGUAUGAUGCUCAUGCUGGUUUCUUUAUAUUUUCUAUAAUUUUGUGGAAACAUUUCACA